AUGGCAGGAGCCAGCCCCGAUCAUACCACCGACAGCAAUGCGAUGCCUUGGAAUCAGGUCGCUGACAAAUUUGUAGCAGAACAUGGAAAGGAUCGGAGAAGCAAUUGGCAUCGUGCUGCAAAAAUUUUCCGAUCGCAAAUAGACCCCAGCAACUUUGAGUACGCCGAGAGACGGGAGCGGGGCGAUGAGCCACCACCGGAUAAUGCGAGAUGGCCUCGAGUGGAGGAGGAAUUGAUCGAACGCGACUAUAGAAUGUAUACAGCGCAGGUCUGGGUACGAAAGGAGGAUGGAGAAGAAGUAUUCAAGAGCACUAAUUAUAUCAUUGGUUACACUGGGCGAGACGUGCCUAUCCUCGAAGACUCGCCUUUCGACCAGGAUCCUGGGCCAUGGGAUGAGCUAAAGACACAAGGAGGAUGGAUUGAACCACCCAACGAUGAAGUGGUCACAGAGCCUGGGGACCAGCGGGUAGAGGGGCAUGACUAUGAAUGGGCUGAUCCAGCCCUGGUUGAUCUUGAUAAAGAACGAAAGUCAGCAGAUCUACCGUCAUUGCAAAAAGCUGACUCGGGGAUGGAGACCGAAGCUCCUACGAUUGAAAGAUUUAGCACAAUGGGUGCUAUAUGGGAGCAGAACGAAGAUCAAAAGCAAAGGCUUCUCUUGAGGCUAUUUCUGACCGAUGAAAUCAAGGACUGGGAGGAAGUCGCUCGCAGGCUUGAGAUGCCUGUGACAGAGUGCCAGGAAAGAUAUCGUGAGGCCUGCAGCCUACCUCAGAUGACAUGGACUGAGCAGCAAGAUGUAGAAUUGCUACGCUUCCGAGACGAGUACGGUGACGAGGAUUGGAUUCGAAUGAGUCACUUCCUCCAGCACACCCCAAGGGAGUGCCAAACUCGAUAUCGUGAGCUCAGACCAAGACCACGGAAUCAGCAUCUUAGGCUUGCGCGUCGAAUGGGAUCCAUUAAGGAGGUAGCUUACUGCAGAAAAUGCGAGAAGGAUCAUGAACGCAUUCGUUGGACUCCAGAUCAGCCUAGACAAACCCCGACAUCGCGUACCUCAGAGCAGCCCCGGCAAACUUCGCAAACGAGCAACGAUGAGCGGCGGGAGAGACUAAGACUCCGUGAGCCCGACCCUCAGCAUCCAAGUAAUAACCGAGUCUCUGGCGAACAAGGCCCGAGUCGAAAGCGCACUGGGGAUAAGAACGACGAACAAGACAAAGGUGAGUCCCAGCAGUCUAAGCGAUCUAAAGGCUCCAGCGCAUCUCCCUCAGCGACAGCACCUCCUGCAGCGAUAGCACCUCCUCCAGCGACAGCACAUCCGCAGGCGCGAGGAAAGAAACGUAAACAAGCAGACUCUGGUGGUGAUAAGGGCGAUGGAAGCUGCACUAAGAAGCGAGGCAAACCAUUGAAGAAACCUCGUUCGGCAGCAAAGGCUCCUGUUGCGGCUCCAAUUCGCCGUAGUGCAAGAAUCCAGACCCAGAAAGAUAAGCAAGAAGCAAAGAAUAAGGGAGAAUAG